AUGUCUGCCAUAGAGCUCCCACUCAGCACAGGACUACUCCCAAGUGAAUACCACACUUACGACUCGAGUAAGAAACCUCCGGCUCUUGGGCAUGCUGUCAGACCAUAUUGGGCUUUUGACCCCGGAUAUGUGAAUCUUAACCAUGGCUCCUACGGAUCUGCUCCAUUGCCUGUCAUGUUCAGGUUCACAGAACUUGUUACACUGGCUGAACGGAACCCGGACAAAUUCCAUCGCAUCACUUAUAUGCCCCUCCUCAUAGAAUCACGGAAGCGCAUUGCGGAGCUGGUCGGAGCUCGUGCGGACGAAAUCGUCCUUGUAACGAACGCUACCCACGGUGUCAACGAAGUUUUGCGCAAUUUCGAAUGGCGCGAAGGUGAUGUACUAUUAUCGGCCACCACGACGUAUGGUGCCGUCUCCAGAACCGCGCAGUACCUAAGUGACAGGUCGGAGGCACCGCGUCCGACACACCACGUUAUUGAGUACACGUUCCCGAUGUCCCACACAGAGCUCAUUGAUCGCUUCCGCGAGAGUAUCAAGAAGAUCAAGGCCUUGUAUCCCGACACCGAGUUCAGCGAUGUCCCGUCCGAUUCAGUCACCGCACAAGCCGGGGGAAGCAACGUUAAGAAGAACAAGUUUGUAGCAGUGAUCGACUCAAUCGUAUCGAACCCGGGCGUGCUUCUGCCAUGGAAGGAGCUAGUCCAGAUCUGCAAGGAAGAGGGCAUAUGGAGCGUUAUAGAUGGGGCUCACAGCAUCGGUCAGGAGGUGGACAUCAACCUCAACGAAGCGAAGCCCGAUUUCUUCAUCUCCAACUGCCAUAAAUGGCUCUACGUCAAGCGAUCGUGCGCACUGCUCUACGUGCCUAAACGGAAUCAGCACUUGAUCAAGUCGUCUAUACCAACUUCCCACGCCUACGUCUCGCCCACUGAUAGCCACCCGCCGCCUCCUGACGAUGUCACGAAUUUUGUAGGCCAGCAUGAAUGGACGGGAACCAUGGAUCAAGGUCCGUUCCUCACCGUGGGCGCAGCGCUGAAUUUCCGGAAAUGGCUUGGCGGGGAAGCGGUUAUCAACGCCUACUGUCACAACCUCGCUAUGGAAGGCGGGCAGAGACUGGCCGAGAUUUUCGGCACGAAAGUGAUGGAUGUAACGGGCGAACUGACUUUGAACAUGACGAACGUCCUUCUUCCCCUUCCAGUGGAGAAAUUUAAGGGCGAGAUCUAUAACUCGCAGAACCUGGUUGCAAUUAACACAGUAUUUCGCGAAAAGCUUCUUUUCGACUGGAACAGCUAUGCUGGGCACUACUUCCAUGCGGGCGGUUGGUGGACUCGAUGCAGCGCACAAGUAUGGAAUGAGAUAUCCGACUUCGAGUAUGUCAGCAAAGCAUUCAUUGCGAUAUGCGAAGACAUCAAAUUAACAAUCCUUGCCAACCACAUCGCCUCGGAAUCCUAACGGUAUAUGUGUAUGAUACAUUGAAGGUUCGACUGAUAUGCAAUGGAUGGGUCGGACAAAUCGACAGAGAAUGUACCGGAGAAUAUAUUCAAUUCCAUGUAAAAUAGACGAAAGAUGCAAAACAAUGGUAGCGAAUAGCAGAUG